CUGCUGCAGCAACCACCAACGAAAUAAUAAUUAUCCGCCUUUCCAUAUUGGCUUUAGUUAAAUAAUUUUUGCAGUUUAUUUUCAUUUGCUUAAUCUACUCCUUCCGCGUGUGUUUGUUUCUUAAUCCAUAUUUGUUACUUAACUAUGGUUAAUCGUUAGUAUCGCGUAUAACGGAAAAACUUUAAAGGUUUUGGUACCCAACAACUACAAUGGAACCGUCGAGUGAUCCGAUAUCGGUGCGUUCAAUGCGCAUUGGCGAGGUACUCGUUGGCCCGACCAUUAUGGCCACUACCACAUUGAAUAAAGAAUUACUAUUAGACGCCAUUAUAUUGUUGUUCGACGAAUGCAAUAAUGAAUACAUGAAAACCGACCCACUGAUUGCAAAUUUUAUUAACAAAUGUGAGUGUCCAAUGCUUUUUAGGCACCUAGUUCCCAUGGAUCCAGGUACAAAAUUAUAACUAUUUAUUUAUAUUUGAUUGAUUUCAGUUAAAAUGACUAUACCAGAAUUGAAAUCACUACGUGUCAACCGAUUCGAUUUCGAGUCCAGACAAGUGAUUGGUAAAGGGCAUUUCGGAGACGUUGAACUAGUAGUCGAAAAAAAUACCAGGGAUAUUUUUGCCAUGAAAGUAUUGAAAAAAGAUAAUCUACUAAAUCAAAGAGAUGUACCUAUAUUAAAAAAGUAAUUAUUUUCAAAAUAAAAACUAUUAAUAUUUAUUAAUUAUUCCAGAUUGCAUUUUUCGAAUACGAAAGAGACAUUAUGGCAUCGUCAAGUUCUCCCUUCAUAACACAAUUGCAUUAUGCUUUUCAAGACUAUCAACAUCUCUAUCUUAUUAUGGACUAUCAUCCUGGUGGUGAUUUUGCAAACUUGAUUGACAAAUUGGGUGGCACGUUGACAGAAGAUAUGGCAAAGUAAGUUCUUAAUUAUAGGUAAUUACAGGCAUUUUAACCAUUCGAGUUUUAUUGAGUAAUCAAUUUUAUUUUUUCUGAUAGAUUCUAUAUUGCAGAACUCUUACUAGCUGUUAAACAUUUGCAUAAUAUGGGAUUUGCUCAUCGUGACAUAAAACCUGAAAAUAUGAUGUUAGAUCGUGUCGGCCAUUUGAAAUUAGUUGAUUUUGGUUCUGCAGCAAAACUUAACCGAGACGGCAAAAUUAAUGCACGUAUGCCUGUUGGUACAUCUGAAUAUAUAGCACCAGAAAUCCUUCAAGUAAAUAUAACAUUACUAUUAUUAGUAUGUAUACAAUAAAUUAUAAUAUGAGUUGUAUUAUUAAGUAGUUAAAAUAUGCAUUUGUUACAAAUCUACUUGUUUUAUAAUUUUUUUUAUCCAGUUUAUGCAGUCAAAUUCAAAAACAAUGGACGGUUAUGGACCCCAAUGUGAUUUGUGGUCUGUUGGCAUUGUUGCAUAUGAAAUGGCAACUGGGGAUACUCCUUUCAAUUCUGAACAACAAGCUGUUAUUUAUUCAAAUAUAUUACAUUUUGACAAUAUAUUAAAGUAUCCUACUUUUUUAAAAGUAUCAUCAUGUAAGUAAUUUCUUCAGCAUCUUCUUUACGUUAUUAAUCAUUUGAUUGGUUUGCUGAAGUUCUCUAUGCUUCCCUAUUGUUACUCAAUUCUUUUAAUUCCUUUUAACUAUUCUUCCCCAUAUCUAUCAUGAUUUGCUUCAUGUACUUCAUUCUUGGUCUUCCUCUUCAGAUAUUAUCCUUCAAUGUUGUCACUUUUUAUCAUGCUUUUCUACUGUACUAAUUGUCCCAAGUUUCACAAUUGUAAAAGGCAAUACUCCACACAUUAUUAAAAACUUCUUGUAAGGUUACACUAUUAGUGGUUAAUGGGUGUUUUUUAUUCUUUGGUAUAUUCUAAUAAAAUCAUAGAUUAUUGUUUUAAUUAUAAUUAAAUUUUGUGGUAUUUUCUUACCUCUGUAAAAUAAUAGAAUAUAAAUUUGCCAUCAAAUAUAAAUAAUUUAACUUAGGCCUUUGAAUAAAAAAAAUUUUGAAAAAUUUUCAUUUUUCUAUUUUAGAAAUCAUUACAGUAAACCAAUUUUUUUUUUUUUUUUUUUUUUGAAGACUAAUGCUAAAGAUAGUUCAAUAUUUUUUAGAAGCUAUAACAACUUUAAUAUUGUAUGUUGUCACUAAUGUACAUACAUGGAGAGCAUUAUUACCCUUGUAAAAACAACAUUAUUUUUUUUUUUUACUCUUGAUACCAGUUUUAUGUGAUUUUGCAUAAUUAAUCGAAGGUUUAUUUUCAAGGUAAAUAUAAGCUUGCGAAGCAAUCAAAUAGAGGUGGCAAAAGUCCUAAUCUCAUAAACCAUGAUUUAAUUUUACACUUGGAACACUAUUCUUCUUGCAGUAUCAAAUUAAUUAGAAAUGUAGUUUAAGUUGAUGGUAUUCUCUUCUCCCUCAAUAAGAAUUUAUUGGGUUAAAGACGUAUAUGCUUACAUCGAUAAGCAAAGCUAGUAAGCAUGACAAGCCAUUCCCUGCACCCACAAUUCUUUUUACGCUUAUUAUGUAUUGGUAAUUAUUAUACUGUCUUCAGAUUGAUAUAAGAAUUAUAAUUUCUAGAAAAUUCUGAUUGCACAAUCAUGUCCAGCAUUUUAAACUUGUCUUUUCUAAAAAAAAACCAAUUUUGUUUAUUUGUUAUAACUUAACAAAUAUAAAAUAAUAAUAAUAAUAAUGAACAAUAAUGCUAAACUGUAUUUAUUACUAACUAAAAUAUUAUUUUCAGCUUACAAACAAAUGAUUGAAUGUUUGGUAUGUCAUGUGGACAAACGAUUUACUGUUGAUAUGAUGUUAGAUUUGGAAAUUUUUUCAAAAAUAAACUUCAGUACUUUACACGAUAAGUCACCUCCAUACAUUCCAUUACUUUCAUCUGAUAAUGAUGUUUCUAAUUUUCCAAUAAUAGAAAGAGAUCGCCCAACCCUUAACAUAAAUGAUUUUAAAGUAAUUCGUAGAUAAAUUUUAGAUUAUAAUGUAUUUGUUAUAAUUUAAUGGAUGUUUUGUAGAGACGAAAGCAAUUUUCUGGAAGAGAUCUUCCAUUUAUUGGUUUCACGUAUAGCAUGCAAAUCUCAAAACGAAAUCAAUCGUAUUUCAUGACCAACACCCCCGAAUUGGAAACAUCUAUUAGAGUAAAACGUAAAGAAUUAGAAGAUGCUCAAGUUGUAAUACAAGCAUAUGAAGAAAAAAUAGCAGAAUAUGAUGCAUUAUUUAUUGCGAAUGAAAAGAAAAUUAAAAAAAUGGAAGAAGAAAAUGUGUUAUUGCAUGUAGAUGUUACUUCUUUGAGUAGUGAAUUGGGUAGGUUGACCAAAAUAAGUGAAAAUAGUGACUCAAGUCUGGAAAACUUUGAAGUUAUGGAAAAAAAACAAGCUGAAAUGGUUAAGGUAUGCUUUUUAAAAUAUUAAUAAUCUAAACAUUUUUGUUUUUAUUUCAAUUCUUCGUAGUUUACAUAUGACAGUUUAAAAAUAUAACCUUAUAAUUAUCUAUUAUCUUUAAACUAAGCUUAUGUUAGAGAUGGAGAGUAAUAUAAAAAAAUAAUAAUAAUAAUAAAACAAAAAAGAAAUGUUUACAAAUUGACUUAAAAAUUUACUGGACCUAUCCAUUUAAAACUGUACAAAUGUGUUUAAUUUUUUAUACGUGCAUUUUCGUUAAAUUGUUAUAAUUUUAGAUAAGAUAAAUAAUACUCGUAUAUUAAACUCUGGUGUACCCGAAUAAUUAAAAACUUGAUUCGAUAUUAAAAAAUUAUAUUCACCUGACCCUAAUGAAAAAUAAAUAAAUUUAUUUUUUAGAAUGAAAUUGAUAAAUGGGAAAUUAAAACAAUGAAUGAGUUAUAUAAUAUAGAAGAAUUAAAAACUCAAAAUGAUGAUUUACAAGUACAAAACAAAGAAUUACAAUCGCAGUAAAGUUUUUAUUUGAAAUGAAUUAAUAGAUGCAACUUGAUCUAUAAAUAUUUUAUGUAUUGUAGAUUAUCCAAACACCAAGAGGAUAUUAAAGUUUAUCAAGCUAAUAAUGAACAACUUAAUAAAAAGAUAACAAAACUUAAAUCUAAAUUAAAGCAUCUUUUACGUCGUUCGAAACAGUUAACUGAAGAUAACAAUAUUGAUAAUCAUGUAGCUGCAUUACUAGAUGAAAUGAAAACAAAAGAGGAUACAUUUGAAAUAGAAAAGAAUCUCUUAAAUACUGAUAAUCAAUCCCUCAAAAGAAAAAUUUCUAUUUUGGAAAAAGAUUUAGAAAGUUUAAAUUCAAAGGUGAGUAGGCUAAACAAAAUUAAUUUUUAAUAAAUUUUAUAAUAUAUUUGUGUAACCACUUAUAGAUAUCUCAAUUUGCUGAAAAAGAAGCUACUGUGUUAUCUGAACAUACAAAAAUCUGUAAGAAAAUGGUUUUUGAUUUUGAAUCUAAAUUAAACACUGUAAGACAAGAAAAAGAUAAUGAAAUAGAUAAAUUGCAUGCUAAUAUAGCUCAACUACAGCAACAAUUUAGUGAAUCAUUAAUGUCUUUUGAAAAAAAUGAAAAUGCAAUUUCUGCCAAAGAAAAUGAAAAAGAGGUAAAUGAUGAAAAAUAAUAAAUAUUGAAGUUUUUAUUAAUAUAAUAGAUGUGACAUUAAUUUGUUAAAAUAUUAAAAUUAAUAUAUUAAAAUGUAUAUUAUAUAUAGGGUAAUUCACUCAACUGGAAACACUCAUUAUCUCGUAUUAAUUUUUUCAUACCCCUUUUUUGGGAGGAUGAAACGGCUACCUACUUUUAAUUUUCAAAUGACAAUCUAUUUUUGAAAUCUCUUAAAUAGAUGGAGUAUUAUUUAAGGCAUUUUAAAAAUAGAUUGCUAUUUGAAAAUCACAAGUAGUCAGCCAUUUCACGCUUAAAAAUAAGAGGUACAAAAAUAAUGAUAACGUAAUAUUAUAGAACUAUUUGAUUCUUAAAUUUUCAAAAAAAGGUUAAUAUAUUCUGAGAUAAUGAGUGAUUCCAGUUGAGUGAUUCACUUUGUAUAUAUAUAUUCAAUUGAAGAAUAUUUUUGUUACAAAUAUUUUAUUUUCAGUUUGAAUCUGAGAUGAAGAACCGAGAACAAGAAAUCCGUGAUUUAAAAUUAGACCUAAGAAUACUUGAACGAAAACAUAAAACAUGUGAAGAAACUAUUAAUGGUCUUAGAGUAAGUAUAGUUUUAUAUUUACUCAUAAUGUUAUUACAUAUUCAUAGUAAAUAUUAAUCAUCAAUAUAACAUUUUUGACAGGAAUAUCACAAAGAUGCACGGAAUAAUUUCAAACAAGAAAUUUCUAAAAUCAAAGAAGAAACUGCCGUUGAAAUACAAAAUAAAAAUGAUGAACUAAAAACAUUACAAGAUAAAAUAUUAAAACUCGAUCAAACAAUUGAAACUUUAAAUUUAAAUUUCAACAAAGAAGAAGCAGAACGUCAAAGGCUAAAUGUAGAGUUAUCUAAAGUAAACAGUACUUCUAAGAUUUGGAGUAGUGAAAGAUCUGCUCUUGAAAGACAAGUAAGUUAAAGAAAAUUUUAUUUUAUUUUUUUGUAAAUACCUAUAUCAAAAAUAAUACAUUAUAGAUACUUGAGUACAAAACUAAAUUGAGCAAAAGUGAAGCUGAUGUAAAAUCAUUACAAAACGUUGUUGCUAUUCAAGAUGAACAAUCUGUUGCUUUUGAAGAAGCUAUCAAUGCUUUAAAUAAUAAAGAAAAACAAUUGUUGGCAAAUAUUAAAACUAAACAGGUAUGGUGUUUAUCAAUUUUAUAAAUGUAGCCAAAAUAUCUUUCUUUUUUUUCAAUAUGUUAUUACUUGAAUUAUGUUUUUGAUAAUUGUAAUAUGUAAAUAUGAAUAUUAUUAGAAUGAAGUUGAAAAGAUCCAAAAUGAAUUGCGUCAAGCUAAAAAAAUGUUUAAUGAAGAAAAAUCUUUGCGUAUAUUGGCUGAAAGUCGCGGAAAAACCAUGGAAAAUGUGAAAGAUAAUGUUACAACUGAAUUAAAAUUAUUGACAGACCAGAUUUAUGACAAAAAUGUAGAGAUUGAUUCAAUUAAAAAACAGGUAAAUAAAGCAAUUGUUUUAAGGUAGAUUUGUGUAAUACAUUCAUUAAAUGAUGGAAUAUAAUUCAUUAUUUAUUUUAUAGUUAGAAGAAGUAAAUUCUGAACUAAGAAAUAAAAAUACUAUGUUUCAUACUUUACAAAUUGAAUCUAAUAAUGUUAUCAGUGAGUUAAAGAAAAUGAAGACAGAAAUGUCUGAAAAUAUUAGUCAAAAACAACUUUUAAAAGAAACCAAUGUUCGUUUAACAGCUCAACUAACUGCAAUGGUUGAAGAUUCAAAUGUGAGUUAAAGGAUUGAUUCUAAUGGGUUUUAUUUAUAUAUUUAUAAUUUAUAUAAUAUUAGGUUAUGCAAAAUGUUAUUUCAAAGUAUAAAAAUAGUUUGAUUGAACAAAAAGAUUAUUAUGAAGAAAGGUUAAUUAAGGCUGAUGCUACCACUUGCCAACAAACCAAACUUAUUAAUUUCUUACAAACAAAAUUAGAUGAAGUGACAAAAAAGAAAAAAACGCUGGGUGAAAUUUUAUUCAGUGGUAAAAAUAAAGAAAAUAUUGAUCAAAAGGUAUAACUACAUGUUUUAUUUUUCGUUUUGAUUAUAAUGUUACUUAUUGAAUUAUAAAUUAUUCUAGGAAAUUGAAUUUUUGUUAAAUUCUGAAAGAAGUAAAUCUAAAGACCUAGCUAAUAAACUAUAUCAAACUCAAGCAGAAUUAAACAUUAUGAAGACGCAUGGUCCGUUCACAACUCCCUUAGCCCCUACUCGUCUUAAUUUUGAAACAAACUCUCCUAGUUACAGAAUAAAUACUCCUAACUUUACUCAGUCUGCAUUAUUCCACAAGUAAGUUUAUUAAAUGCCUUAUAUAACAUUAUGCUAAUAUAAAAAUAUAUUUAGAUUUGAUGUAAAGAUAUGCCAGCGUGGUGGAUUACAUUGUUCUCACUGUAAUACUGAAAUUAAUAGCGGACAACAAAUCAGUCAAUGUCAAGAGUGUAGGGUAUCAACACACGUAACAUGUUCACAUGAAUUACAACCUGAUUGUUCGGCAUUAAAAAAAGAAAACAAAGCAUUAACUCCUGUACUUAGUGAUACUGAGAACAAAUCUGAUAUAGAAUCAUGGAUCACAUUUUGGGAGUAAGAAAAAUAUAUUUUUAAAAUUAUAUGAGAGUCUGUUAUAGUAAUAAUUUAUAUUAUUUGAAAUUCUAUUAAAUUAAAUGAGUAUUAUUUUUAGUUUAUUUUUUUAUGUUCAUUUUGUUUAGUAAUUCAAAACAAAUUUGGGAUCGAAAAUAUGCAAAAUUUGAGAAAGGAGUUUUACAAAUUCUCAAUGACAAACAUGAUACUAAACCAUACUACACUCUGCCAUUGAUGAUGUCAUCAAAUAUUGUAAAAGUCGUAGAUGUAGCAGAAUCAAAUGACACAACCUUUGACAAAAGUACCAAUGAAGAUUACGAACAGAUGUUGAAAAUAGAAAUGUACAAUUUAAAUACAGGGUGGAUGACAUUAUUUUUGUACAUAAUUGUAUCUAGUGUAUCAGAAAAACUAAGAUGGGUGAACAGAAUUAAAGAAUACCUAGAAAAUAGUGAAUGCACUGUUCAAUUACAAGAAAAUCAUGAUUACAAAGAUAUUAUAUACACCUUUCAAAAAGACAAACUCAUAAAUGUUAAUUGUAUUCAUCAAAUAUCGCAAAAAGUAUGUGUGUUAAUUUAUCAUAAAUUAAAAAUACCAGUUUCAAUAAUCCUGUGAAAUUUGUAUUGUUGUUCAGGUGUUUUUAUUGGGUGCUAUUGAAGGAUUAUUCUCAGUUCAUAUGAAAUAUCAAAAUGAGCAAAUGAGUCAAGAUCUCGUUCCUAUAAUUGGGCCAAAAUUAGUCAAAGACUUUAUUUUCUUGCCCGAACUUCAAUUAGUUUUAAUGAUAGCUGGUACGUUUAUUUGAAAAAUUUACUAAUUGUUUGAUUUGAGUUUUACUUGAUAUGUAUGUAAUGUAUUUCUUUUAGGAACUACUAGAGAACUUUUAAAAUGUAAUAUGAGGACUGUUGUUCUGAAUUCGGAAUUAAGUCAAAUGUCAAAACCAGUUAUCGAAGUGGUUCGAAUCAUAGAUGAAUUGCGUAACAAUCAACCAUCUAAAUGUGACUCAGCGAUGACUGAACUUAAAGAAAUUAACUGUAUUGCUGCUUCUCGUUGUAAUGAGUUAGUAGUAGUGGGAUCUGAACAUAACAUUACGUAAGUACAAAAGAAAUUGCAAAUAAUAACAAAAUAAUUAUAAUUUAACUUCAAUAUUAUUUCUUUGGUUUCUAAAAGUGUUUUGAAAUGGCAUGACACACAAUUUGUGGUAACUAAAAUUCUAAAAACCAAUGUACCAACAGAAUGUUUAUGCUUUAUGCCUACUGGAAUUAUAUUUACUACUAACAGCUUUUAUAAAAUUGAUACAAAACAUUUCACUUGUAAAAGUAAGCUAUUUUCAUUUUGAUUUAUUAACUCUAAUGGUUUAAUUCAAAAUAAUAUUUUCAGGAUUUUUCACGGAUUCAAUUGCUAAGUCACAUGAUUAUCGACCAAUGUUUGUUUGUGAAUUAAUAAAAGAUAAGGAAUACCUUUUAUGUUACAAUGCUUAUGGUGUAUUUGUUAAUUCUGAUGGAAAAAGAACUCGUAAUGGCGAAAUGAAGUGGCCAUAUAGUCCUAAAAAUUUUGGUAUGUUGUCUACAAGAUGCAAUGUUAUGUUGAUUGCAUGGUUAUGUAUUAAUGAUUCAUUAUAAUUUCAGCGUUCAAAAAACCAUUUUUAAUUAUUGUAUCUGAAUCCGAAAUUUCUAUUAUAAAAAUCACUCAAACCUGUUGUGUGGAUGAAGACACGUGGAGUAUUACAUCAACUAAACAGCCCAAAGACCAAGUAGUCCUAAACAUCAAUCGGCCCACUCUUUUAAGUAUGAAGUGUUAUACAUAACAUGUCUGGCUAUGGAACAAAAUUUAAUUUAAAUUUUAUUUGUGUCCUAGGAGGUAACGAUUUAUGUUUGAAAAAUACAAAUGAUUAUCAAGGCACAUGCAGUAUUUUCCAGUUGGAUCCAUCUAAAAUCAUAAAAAGGAGCUCAAUGGCAUCAAAUGAUACAUUAGAUACCUUAGACACACAAGAAACAUGGUAUGAGUUAUCAAAAUUAAAAGUUCUAACAUUUUUUUUUUUUUUUUAAUGUAUACCAAUGCUUAUAAAUUUCUUUUAGUGAUGAAUCAGAAUUCAGUUUUACAUCCUCCAUGUUAGAAAACUUAGAUGAACAGCCAGAUGAAAAUCAAAAAAAAAUACGCUUUAAUCCUAAUGUUCAAUUUAACAGCAAUUAAAUACUAGGUUUCUACUAUUAUUUUAUUAUUUUUAAACUAGAAUGUAAUUGUUAACAUU